CCGCGCAGCUCCGCGCACCGACGUUCCGGGACGCGCACAUUUCCAUCAGUUGUAGGGAAUUCUCUAUCCAGGGAAAUCGUGCUGAAGCGAAGACUUCCUCUUUGGAAUCACUAAGCGUCACAACCGUACUUUCACCAUGGAUCCCAUCAAUUGCUCAGCUGUGGAUCUCUCUGAUGUUCUGGCCAGCAAGAUGAGUCCCAGUAAGAUCCUCCUCUCCCUGACUCUCUCUAUUCUGGCUGUGGCGACCACCACUAUCAACUCCCUGGUCAUCACUGCUAUUCUGAUCACCCGCAAACUCCACCAGCCUGCCAACUACCUCAUCUGCUCUCUAGCUGUGACAGACCUCCUAGUAGCUGUUCUAGUGAUGCCUGUCAGCAUUGUGUACAUUGCAGAAGAGACGUGGGUUCUCGGUCCGAUCGUGUGUCACCUGUGGUUGGGUGUGGAUGUUACGUGCUGCACCUGCUCAAUUUUACACUUAGCCGCCAUUGCGCUUGAUCGAUACCGCGCCAUUACCGAUGCUGUGGCCUAUUCCCAGAAACGCACGUAUAAAAGAGCAAUCAUAACCAUUUUUGCCCUGUGGACACUGUCUGUGCUGGUGUCUCUACCACCUUUAGUGUGGAGGAAAUUCCCUGUGGAACACAAAGAUAGGGAGAGGGAAGUCAUGGACUGCUUGAUUGAGCACGACCACGUGGCCUUCACUGUCUACUCCACUUUCGGAGCAUUCUAUAUUCCACUGGCUCUCAUUUUAAUUCUUUAUUACAAGAUCUACAAGGCUGCGGAGAUGCUGCGUAACCGUCGAGGGAGCAGCCGAUUAGUCAAACAGACAGUGUGCAAUGUCAUACUUCCUGGAAUUAGCUCUGAAAAAGACAUUGCCCUCAGUGCCAACACACUCUGCCCAGUCGAGAAGUCAUUUUCCGAUCCAUCAACAGAUGGGGAAAAGGCGCGUAUUACUUCUUCAUCAGGUGAUCUCAUCAAGGUCCGCAGGAACCCAGGGGCCAGGGAGAGACAGGCGGCUUUGACUUUAGGACUAAUCCUGGGAGCCUUUGUGAUUUGUUGGUUACCGUUCUUCCUGAAGGAGGUGAUUGUGAAUAUUUGCCCGACCUGCGGCACUUCCGCUGUGCUUGCAGAUUUCCUCACCUGGCUUGGGUACCUUAAUUCCCUUAUCAAUCCGCUAAUAUACACCAUCUUUAACGAGGACUUUAAGAAAGCAUUUAAAAGACUUCUGCCCCUUUGCUGCAGCAAUAUCCUGUGAAACUGACAUGGGAGAGAAAGAAAAAUAUGUGGUUUUAAGCUGCAAAUUACAAUGACAAUCCUACUGUAAAUCAGUGGACUUCUGCAAGAAUUACACAUCUUUCAGAGACAUUUCAUCGGUAUAUUGUUUAUAUAGUGCCUGUGAAUAAAUGACUGAAUACAUGUAUUAAAAACAACAACAACAACAACCAUUUGCGCCACUUAAAGUUUUAUAGAAAAUUACAAAUUGUCUGGUGCACAAAUGUUAUGUAAAUCGACUCCACCAAGGGGUUAAGGUUUGGCUGGUUAGCAUGGUCCAGCAGCCUCUACUGAUAUAUCGGAACUACAACAUCUUGUUCCCAAAAUAAUUUUCAUUCAUUAACACCCAUUCAAAAUGCCACCUUGGAAUUAUAAGGUUCCCAUUCUGAGUGGUUUUAAGAUAUUGAGCUUCAAAGUUCAAAGUGUCAUUCAUUGAUACUGUAUCAUAAUCCAUAAAAAAAAAAAAAAAAUUAACAACAAUAAUGUGCAUACCCUUAUGUUGUUCUUUAACUUCAGACAGAACUACAGCACGUCUUUCGUUAAGUACAUUGUAGAACAAAAGGCUACAGAACUUUGCACAGUCAAAACUAAUCAAGGCCAUGCCCAAUCUGAUGCAGGACAGGAUCGUAUAGUCUCAUAUUCAGUUUCAAUUUUGAUGAAAUUAUUUAACUGUGCUCUGAUUUCAGAGUUAAAUUGAUAUAAACUUUUGUUUCUGUAGAGCUUUCAUGUCAUCUCUUUCCACAGAUGUAGCCUAAUUCAUGUUGUGAGAGUCGAGUCACUAUCCCACUACCGUGUAACUUAUAUUUAUGCCACUCCACCAUUGUGAUCGCUUGAAUAUACAGCUAAGUUAUACAUUCAGAAUUGGAUUCCUUAUCAUGCUAAAAAAAAAAAAACAAAAAACAUACUCUCACGCACCAUGAUUGGUCGAUUACGUACAAUGUCUGCAUGUUAUUGGUCAAAUGAUCACUACCUUCAUUAAGUAUGAAAACCAAAGCCAAAGCCUGGAUAUUUUAGACAAUAUAGAAAUCCUGGCCAGGACGAGUCCUGGGAAAAUAGCACGUUUGGUCACCCUAGUACAAGCACACUUGGGUUUUGUUUUUAAACCAAAUAGCCUAUACAGUUUAGGUGUACCACCAAAGUGACCCCAGACCAUCCUAAUUUUUGUCCACCCACACAAUCAAAUUCAGAACCCACCUAAUCUGGCACUUCGGGACAUUUAAUUAUUGUUGUGCAGGAAAAAUAUACUUACACUAUUAAAUUAAAAAAAUAUAUACAUAUUUUAUUGUUAUAUUGCUUAUAAUGAAUAGAUGUUGAGAAAUAUUAAGAAGUUUGAUGUCUGUCUUUAAGAAAUUAAUGAGGGGGAGAGUAGUCAAUGAUGUCCCGGGUCGCUUUGCAUAUAAGGGAUUGUAAACAUUGAAAAAUGUUUUAAUGACUAAAUAUAAUAAUAAUAAUAAUAAAUAUUAAUAAUAAUAAAUAUAUAUUCUUACAAUUAAAAUAUUUCACAUUUAAUCUUUCCCGCUGUCACAGAGCAGUCCGGCGACAUGACAGAGAAAGCUGAUCCUGAUUGGUCAUCUUGUGUGCAUUCGAAGUGCUGAUUGGUUCACAGAAAGUUUGACUUUGUAAACCUUUUUGUUUUCUAA